CGUAGUCAGUAGUCACCAGUCACCACUCACUACUCGGUGCUCUCGGUACCUGCUCGUCGCUCGCCGUCGCCUAGCUGCUGGUCGCUGUGGUGUCUGCGCGGUGUCCUAUCGCGUGUGCGCGCGCGCGCGUGUGUGUGUGUUUGGGUGACGCGCCCGUUAUCUAUUAGUUCCCUAUACCCGCGGUCCGUUCUCUAGUAGUCGCCGCCACCUGCAGUGCAGUGGCCGGACGCGAUAUCGCUGUAAUCCUUUGGCGGCGUUUUCCGCUUUUCGCCGUUCUCCCCGUCGCUUUCCGCGACUACGGACCCACCCACCCACCCGACGACGACGAUUAACGAUGACGCUGUAUUAAGUGUUUCAACGCUGCCGAGACAGGAAAUCCGUCACCAUGCAGACCAUUUCGGUGAGCAAUUGCCUGCAGGACUCGCCCAAGUUCAGGACACAACUUGAUCGCCAUGAGUCUAAUAUUGAUUUACUGGAACAUAGGUUAGAAAAGGUUGUAAAAGUAUACAGUCUUAUGAUUGAUUCUGGAAAGACAUAUGUAAGCCAACAAUCAUUAUUUGCAAAUAGCUUGUGGGAAAUGGGACUCUGUUUCCGUGAUGACACAUCAUCAACUAAAAAUUUAAAUAAAAUAAUUCAUGCUCUUCAAGAAAUGAAUAAAUUUUUAACAACAUUCCUGGAUCAGGCAUCGAGAACGGUUUUGAACAAUUUAACAGUAUUUGUCAAAGAAGAUAUUAAAGCAAGCAAAGAAUCCAAGCAUGUAUUUGAAAAGGCAACAUAUGAACUUGACGCUGCUUUGUUAAGGAACUCUCAGGUAUUAAAAUCUCGUCCACAAGAAGCAGAUGAAGUACUAAGUCAAGUUGCAUCAGCAAGAAGUUCUUUUCGUCAUGCUGCCUUAGAUCAUGUGCAUUGUAUUACUAUGCUUUUAACUAGGAAAAAACCUGAAAUAUUUUCAACAUUGUUAUCUUAUAUCCAAGCAUGGGGUACAUAUUUUCAUCAAGGUUUCACUCUAACUGAAGACUUGCAAGAUUUUAUUCAGAGUCUGAACAAAGAGGUAGUUGUAAUGACAGCUGAAGCAGCUGAAAUGGAAAAUCAACUCAGUGAACAUCACAAAUUGGUCGACAGGUUCAGAAUUGAUGUCAAUGAUACGGUUAUGGUGAAUGGUGAUUGUGAAAAUGGUGCCAAGGGAAAUGAUGUGAUACGCAUUGAAGGCUACCUGUACAAGCGGACAAGUAAUGCUUUCAAAACAUGGAAUAGACGAUGGUUUUACUUAAAGAAUAAUCAGUUGGCUUAUAGUAAAAGAAAUGGUGAAAAUUUAUUUACUGUUAUGGAAGAUGAUUUAGGAAUUUGUUCUGUGAAGCCAGCAUAUGAUGCAGAAAGAAGAUUUUGUUUUGAAGUCUUAUCUCCAUCUAAAAGUCACAUUUUGCAAGCUGAUUCUGAGUAUGUAUACAAGUUAUGGAUAGAAACUAUUCAACAAGGUAUUGAAAAUGCAAUACGUAAUCGUCCCCAACAAAAACUUAAUCAAGAUGAUGAUGGUUCAAGUGAAAAUUUUCCAACUCCAAAAAUUAAAAAGUCUAAGACGUUAGAUGUGCUUGUUAAAAUUCCUGGUAAUGAAAAAUGUUGUGAUUGUAAAGCACCAAAUCCAGAUUGGGCCAGCAUAAACUUGGGUAUUACAUUAUGUAUUGAAUGUUCUGGUGUACAUCGUAGUCUUGGUGUUCAUUAUAGUAAAGUUCGUUCAUUAACACUUGAUGACUGGGAACCAGAGAUUUUGAAAGUUUUGGCUGAAGUUGGAAACUCUGUGGUCAAUGAGGUGUAUGAAUAUAAUGUUCCUGAUACGGUUGUACGUGCUUCUGCAAAAUGUCUUGGCCCAAUUCGUGAACAAUGGAUUCGAAAUAAGUAUGUUGAUCGCUUAUUUGUGAAACCAAUACCUAAUAAUGAAUUGGUAUUGGAAGAAUAUAAUACAAGAAAGUGGAGUGUUCGCAAAGUAAGACGACGAGGAACCCAAUCUGCAAUAAAAAAUGAGAAAAAAGAUAAUGUGAUGGUAAUUGGUGGCAAUACUAAAAGCAUAUCUUUAGAUGUUAUAAGUAGCGAUGACGAUUCUACAGUUAGUGAUGAUGGAACAGAUGUUGUAGAAGAAGAUAUAUCUACAUUGAGGCCAGAUAUGCUACUUUAUCGAGCUGCAGCAGCGCAUAAUCUACCAGUAAUGUGUCAUGCAAUAGCAACAGGAGCAGAUAGAAAUUGGAAAAAUCCAAAUGAUAAUGGACGGACCUCACUCUUUCAAGCUAUACUCAGUGGUUCUGUGAUGGCUUGUGAGUAUUUGAUACUUAAUGCAGCUGACAUCAACAUUCAAGAUGAUCAUGGCCAAACUCCUCUAUUUUUUGCUACACAAUUAGGUCAUACAGCACAAGUAUGUCUUCUUUUGAAACAUAAAGCAAAUCAAUAUCUUAGGGAUAAUGAUAAUAUUGAACCGCUAGAAGUAGCUACAAAACAGGCCAAUGCAAAUAUAGUAACUUUACUCAAAAUCAGUCGCCUGAAUGAUCAGUCUGAAAUUCCAGAAUCUUUCAAAGAUGCAGUACGUGAUUUCACACAACUUACAUUCAGCCCUUUACAUAAAUGAUUAUUGAACAAACAUAAGCUUUAAAAAUAUCGCUAUACUUUACUCUACAAGACUUCUGUGGUUUUCUAUUUAAGUAUAACCCUUUUAGAUUUAUUAAGACUUUAUGUUGAUGAACAAAAUACUAUCGAAUACUUUAUUAUAUUUAUGUUUAAGUGUUUUUUGCCUAAUGUUGUUUUAAUAAUUUUUUUUAUUUUUAAAUACUUCUAUUAGAGUUACCUUAUAUUAUUAUGUUAU